AUGUCGUUCGGAAGUUUCCAGUCAAUAUGCGAAACUGCCCCGAUACCUCUGUGUUCGCUCGUCGGUCCCUACAAUGGCGCAAAAUCACUCACAGGACCGGGAAUCGAGGCACUAUGCUAUUCACGAAGUAUUGAAUGGGCCAACACAAUGAUUUUUCAGGCCGCAAAUGACUUCGUCCACAUUUUGUCACUCGUCAUGUGCUCGAUCAUGGUUCUACACGUCCGUUCGAAGUUUACCGCUGUUGGUCGCAAGGAGAUCACCACAUUUUUCUAUCUCUUUAUGCUCCUCACCGUCAUCUCGCUCUGUCUCGACUCUGGCGUCGUUCCUAUCGGUUCAGCACCCUACGCAUACUUUGUCGCCGCUCAAGCUGGUCUCUCUUCCGCCCUCUGUACAUGCCUACUCAUCAACGGCUUCAUCGGCUUCCAGGUGUACGAAGACGGCACGGCGCUCAGCGUGUGGUUAUUGCGCCUAUGCUCCCUGGUCAUGUUUAUUGUGACUGGUGCAGUCGCGCUCUGUACCUUCCAAUCAUGGGCGGGGUUAGAUCCCUCUAACACCAUGGCCUUGUUUGUGCUGUUGUGGCCGAUGGGCGACAUUACCUUUGGCGUGUUCUUCUUUGUGGUUGGACAGGUGCUCCUCUAUGUGUUCAGCCGCAAAAUCUGCGAUGAGGUGUCGCAUUACCUUGACGGACUAUUCUUUGCUUCCGUUUGCAACUUACUUGGUGUGAUGAUGGUCUACAAGUACUGGGACUCCAUCACGAAAGAGGAUCUUGAGUUUAGUGUGGGCACGAAAACGAACGUAUGGGAAGUUAAGGAGCUGCUUCCGGAGGAGGACCGAAGAGCAACCAUCUAUGAGCAUCAGGGUGCGCAGAGCGAGUAUGCGCCCAGCACAUAUCAUAGUAAUCGCAUGAGCCAAGGAUACGGCGGCUUUGCAGAGCGGUAUUAG